AUGUCAAUUGGACGGAACUAUAGACUAGAACUUGAAAAACGUUUACGCACAAUUAACAAAUCUCGGGAAAAUACUUUGAGUAUAAAAAUAUUAGAUGAACAUAGGCAUUUAAUAAAAUCACCUACUAUUCUUAGUAGAAAGAAAUGUAAACCUAAAACUAAGCCAAACAUGAACAUAGGAAACAAUAAGUCUGCUGGUGUUGUACCUUUGGCGGUGAAGAAUUAUUUAAUAUUUAAAAAAUGUUAUUAUUUUUCUAUUUAUGAUUAUUUUUAUUUUUAGGAUUUGUUGUCAGGAAAAUAUUACAAAGAUAAAGCAGAGAUGAUGGAACUAAAACGUAUAUCAAUGAAAAUUAAAAAAGAAAAAUCUUUGGAAAAACCCCCGUUACCUUCAAGGUAAUUUUAUCAACAUGUCUCAAAAAUAUCUAUAUUUAUAUUUCCUUUUACUUUUUAGUUAUAGUUCAUUUUUACAAGCUUGUACUGCAUUGAAUCCAGAUGAUCAAUUAACUAUACUAAAAAAUAUACGAAGUCAAGAAAAAAAAAAUGAAGUUAUGAGUAAAAAAGACGAUGAAAUAAUUAAUUAUUACCUAAAGGAAGUAAGAUUAUAUUUAUUAAUUUAGAUUAACAAAAAAAAUUGCAUAUUGCAUAUGUGCAUAUUUAACUAAUUAUACUUUUUUUAAUUAAGUAUUUAUUUUUAAAAAAAGUGCUUUAUUUUAUUAAAAUUAGUACCUUAACUAUAGUCUAUAAUAUAGAUAAUAAACAUAGACUCUAUAUUAAUAGUACCACAAAAUACUUAAAUUUUAAAUGGAACAAAUACUAAAUUCCAAUAUUUCCGUAAUAAACACAUCUAAAUGUGUCAACUACAUAAAUUAUGUAACGUGUUGUAUUCUAUAUAUCUUAGUGAAAUAGUAAUUAAUAAAAUAAUAAAGCAAAAACAAAAUUAUUAAAAUGGUUAAUACUUGUAAAUAAAUAUAUAAAUAAAAAAUUGUAUAUAUAAAAAUAAAAAAUAAUAAAUAAAAGAAUGAAUGCGUCGCCUGGAGUAUUAUAAUAAGUGCAUUAUACGACCGGUUUCUAAUUAAAAAUUCAUCAUGAGGUAUAUUACAGUCAAAAUGUAAAACUCGACUAAAUAUAAAAAACUAAAUGAAGGAAUAUAUAGAAAAAAAAAAUUAUACAAAUAGGUUGUUUUAUAGUGAUGUUUAGAAUUGAUGUCACACGUGAAAUAUUUUAAUAAUACAAUAGUUAUUUAAUAGCUAAUAGCUAUGUAUAUUAAACACAUAAUAUUCAUAUAGGUAUUUAAUUAUUGGGCGGUUCUCAAGUCAGUGCAGUGUUUAAGCCUCUAUUCAUUGGAUAUGAUAAAAAUUAACCAAAACACAAAUGCAACAUAUUAUUAUAUUAUUGCCUUGGCAAUAGUCUGUAAUUGGUGUUGAUUGCUAUUUUAAUAUUAUAGUACCUAUUAGGUAGUAAUAAUUACUACAGUUAAUAAUGUACAAAAAUGCAAUUUAUAAGGUUAUAAUGUUGUAAUUUAUCAGAUUACAAUAUUCAACAGCAUUACUUUUUUUUUUUGCCUUUUAUGGUAUAAUUAAUUACAUUUUUUACAUGCAUAAAUAAUUUAUUAUACUUUAUAUUUUAGGGCAUAUCUAAUGAGAUGUACAACUCGUUUCCAGAAAAAGUAUUGGAAAAUAUUAGACAAAACCAUAUCAAACCGAUUCUAAUAAAAAAGUAGAUCAACUUAAUUAAAUUGUAUUUGUUAUUUUUAUAAUAGUUUAAUACGUUUAUAAAUAUUUUUAUUGGUUAGAUUAAUGAUUUAAAUUUUAUAAAAUAUGCUGUCAAUAUGUGUUUUGUUAUAUACAAACGUAUACAAUUUUGAUUAACACAAAUUUGUAAACAAAAUCCAAAUAAAUUUUGAGUUUUUAUACUAGAUUAGAACUAUUUAAGAAUUGUUUAGAGAUAUUAAAUUAUUUUAUUUAAGUUUCAUUUUAUAAUAGGUACCUACUUAGUUAUUAUAAAUUAUAAUAUUAUAACAGGUACAAUUUAUGUAUUUAAUUAGGCAUCAUUUCGUAAUGACGGAAUUGGAAAAUGAAGUACGACAAAACUAUGAUGUUGCCAAUCAUAAAAUACUAUUAGAUUAUAUAUUAAUGGAUCCAGAUGAGCUAAAGAGAAUUGGAGUAUCAAAUUACUAUAGAUCAAAUUAUACCUCAAUGGUUAUUCGAGGUCCUGUCCCAUGGCAUCACAUGACUAUUAUUCAAAAAGAACAGCUAAGGCAUAAUUUAUAUAUUUGUAGAGAACCUAUUUUAAUGUUGAAUAAAGUAUGGAAAAAGUAAGAAAAUUUAAUGGUUUGAAAAUGAUAUGUAUUAUAUUUGUUAAUAACUUUUGAAAUUGUUAUUUUUAAAGAUAUUCCAAAGGGUUCAUAUUUCCUAUAAAAGAUUUAAAAAAGGUUGGUUUGCCUAUAGAGCCAAAAUCUUUACAAGAUUUUUUGGAAAUGUCUUGUGAACAAUUUCGACAUAAACUAGUAAAAGAGUACGUAAUUUAACCAAGUUUCAAAAACUAUUUAUUAAUUAUUUGCAAAAAAUAUAAUACAGCAAUACUAAAAACUUCUGAAAUGCCUACACUUUUAAUUUUUUAAUAUCCUAAUACUGUUUAUUUCUUUUUGAAAGGGGUGGAGGCUUUUACUAAAAACAAUUUGUACCUUUGUCCUACAAUGCAAGCAAACAAAAGUUUCUAGUUUGCACAAUAAUUCAUUUUUUUUUUUCAAGUUAAUAAUAAUUUAUUAUAUUUUAGAAUGUAUCUACAAUAAUGUUAUUGCUUUUUAGAAAAAUAAAAAAAUAAACAAUAGUAACAUAUAAUAAAUAAUUUAUUAUCAAUAAAAUAGAUGGAUUGAAGAAUGCGCUGAUUUAUUUGUUGAAACAAAAAACAGUUAUAGAGAUAUUUUACCAUCAUGUGAUAUAAAAGCAUCUAAAUAUCAAAUUCAAAAGUUUUUUGACUGUGUCGCUGCUACUAUGGCCAGACAGUUGAGGCAAAUCGUAUUCAAAUCUUUGAACCAUUUUAUGGAUAAAAUACUUGAAUAUAAGGUAAGUGCAUAAUAUUAUAGUAAAUCAAAUAAAUUAAUAACAAAUUUAUAAGAAUAAAAUUAAUUUGUAAUAUUAAUUUGUAUAAAUGCUAUCCUAAAAAUUGUAUUAUAUGUACAGAAUUAACAAAUAUCUUUCAUAGUCUCCAAAUUACCACUGCCUCUCUUCUUUGUUUAUUUGGAGCCGACCUCUAAAUUAAAUAAAAUUAUUCAACUUUCCUCCUUGUUACAUACCAAAAUUAAAAUCGAGGUGCCUUAUAAGCCUAAGACAAUUAGUUAUUGUAUUAACUUCCAGAAUUUUGGUAAUAUUAAAACAUACUGUGGUUACCCUUCUCGCUGUAAUUGAUAUGUUGUACAUUAUCAAUCUUCUUCAUGUCCAAAUUCUCACUCAAACCAACUAAAAUGUGCUCUUUGCUCUGGAGAGCACCCUGCAAACUAUAAAGGUUGCUCUGUCAACAGGAAGCUUCAAUAUGGCGGAAAAUCUACUACCAAUAGUUAUUUUUUAUCUGAUAAUCUUAAAAAUAAAUGUCCAACUGUUAGAUACCUACCCUUUAAAUACCUUUUCAACGAAUUAUUCCAAUUAGGGAUGUGUAGUUUAUGAGUGAAUCGACUCUUUUAAGUGAAUUGAAUCAGUGUGUCACAAAUGACUCACAGUGACUCGGAAAUUUAGUACCAACAUUGUAUUGGGACAACUGAAUUAAACCUGUAAAUGAGUUGAAUCAGUCAGGUUACCACUUCUAAAUUUUUGAAAUUAUCGUCUGAAGUUCAGUUUAAAUGUGUAAUAUUGUUGUUCCUAAAUAAAUACGUUCAGAUAUCAUCAAUAUGAUUUGAAUUUAAUUGAAUUUAUGUUAAAAUCAUGACUUAUUAAGAAAUGAUUUGACUUAUGAAUUAAGAAUUAAUGAUUUGAUGAGUUGACUUGAUAAAUUGACUCAUUUAAGUGAAUUGAAUUAAGUGAAUUGAUUCAUCAAAGUGAGUCACAAUUCCCAUCUCUAAUUCCAUUUCCCAAUAAGUUUUCUUCUACAUAUUACGCUCUAACCACUUCUGCUCAAUCUGACAAUCAUACUGUUCCUACUUCUUCAUCUGACUUGAAUAACACAAUUACAUAUUUUCUUGAGGAGUUCAAAUCCCUCGUUAACCCUCACAUAUCUCUACUCAAUAAAGUAAUCACAAAUUUAUUUAAUAAAAUGUAAAUGACUAAUAAUAAUAUUACAAACAAAUCUCUUUUAAUCUUAUAAUUCAGUGCAAAUGACUUAAAAUAACUUUCAGAAAACGCGUUGACAUCUGCGUUCAUAUCUGAAACUAAUUUCACCAAAUAUUCACUGCUCAUGGUGGUGUUCUAAUUAAAUGCUCGAUUAUCUUUCAGACUCUCCCAAAUUAUUGUUAAGCUUAUUUGCAAUCAUAUGCUCUUAUUACUAAAUUAAAUAAUAUUAAUAUCACCAUUGCGGCAUUAUAUUCUCCUCCCAAACACAAGAUAUCAAAUUAAAUUCUUACUAUUUUAAUUCUAAAAUUAAUUCUACUAUUUUAUGUAGACGACUUUAACUCGAAACACAUUUCCUGGGGCUAAUAAUCCGCGUGGUGUACUUCAAAAUUUGGUUUUUUUAAAAUUAUAAAAUUCCUGUUCCAUCUGGUCCCACCUGCUAGUUGACCUGGACACGGAAAAACCCAGACAUUUUAGAUAUUUUUGUUGCUAAGAUUCCGAAUAACUGUUUUACCAAAAACCUAUGUGGAAAUUAAUUCCGAUGACUUCUCAAUUCUGUUAACAGUGUUAACGAUAAAUGCUGCUUCUCCUUGGACAUGCCAUGGUGUUUCUUAAUUAUUUAAUUCCUCUACGAAUAAGUACACAUUUCAUGACCUUAUUGAUCAACAAAUUUAUUUAAAUGUUAAGUUAAAAACUGUCAAUAAAAUUGAUCUUACUGUUAAUAAUUUUAUUAAACUUAUCCAAUCUCCAAUUUGGAUCACAACAUCAGAAUCCUAGUUCUUAUUUUUCCAUUUUUAUUCCUCAUUAUAUAGAUACUUAGUUUACUACUUUCAUAGCUGAAAAACGUAAAGCUAAAGCUAUUUACUAACGUAUUCGUUUUCUUUUGGGUAGCGAUUAAACAAAUUUGUAAAUAUAAAACCUCUAACCUCCAAUUAAAAAUCAUCGGACGCAGACUCGUUCGUUAUUUAAAGUAUCAUGGUUGUAAAAAUUAAUUAAUUCUGUAAAGUUUAUUACAUUUAAACUUUCGAGUACUUAUGGCAUUAUUUAGCAAAAGUCUUGUUUGUGAAUUUCAUGUAUGUUAUAAGCAUGACUUGAGCAAUACUUAUUUUUAAGAAUCGACUGUUAUGAAUAACUAAAAUAUAAUAAAAUGAUAGUAUGAUUUUCUAAAUUUAAAAUAGACGAUAACAAAAAGUAAAUCCAUGAACACUAUAUAUAGUCUUCUAGUCUUUAUGAGUAAAUCACAUAUUACGAAUUACGAAUCAAUAAGUAAUGGUCGUUUAGUUAAUAUACAAAUAGCAUAAAAAACCCAAAACUAUAUUUUAUCGCUGUAUGUAUUUGUAUUCGUUUUGCCGAAUAUGAUUUCUCUAGGGCCCAGAUAAUAGCAGUUUAUUUUUCUAUGUAUUAAGUUACGUUAUAAUUAUUUUAUUAUACUCUGUUGUAAUUUAACCCCGACCGGACUAAACUUAAAAAUUAUGGACGGACCGAAUUGAAAAAAGACAGACCAACUAACCUAACCAAAACAUGGUAAAUUUCAAAAUAAAAAAGAUUGAAAUGACCAGACCGCAGUUCUGCGUUACUAUUUAGUCUAAAUAAUAUAUUAUUCCUGUACCCGUCAUUAUUAUCCUAGAAUGUUUUUUUAAUGUAAAUUUGCCGUUCUUUUUGUGGUUUUUUUGGGCCUAAUUAAUUAUUAAAAAAAAACUACAAAUAAAAUCAAAAAAGAGUUGAUACUGGGAAUAGGAGCGGCCACUACUGUAGGUGAGAAGAUGGGAAGGUAGGAUACGUAAGGUUAUUUCAUAUAUAUUUGUAAGCAACGAAUUGUUUGACGAAAGAUAAUCCCGAGCGCAGUUCGGUAAUAUAUAAUUUAAAGUACCAUAUUUUUUUUUUGCGAUUUUCGUUUAAAUUUGAUUUCAAAACGCUUAUUAAAGAAAAAAAGUUGUCCGGUCUUUUUGGAAAUUUCACUACGUCUAGGUAAUUCCAAUAUAAGUAUUAUUACCAAGUUUCAAGUCUCUACGUAUAGUUAUAACCGAAUUACAGUAAAAAACUUCCAAAAAUUAAAAUUCCUUUAGAGCUCAAAAGUUUUAGCGACGAUACAGUAAGAAAGUAAAUCAAAAAGGCAACAAAAAUUGUGUCUGUGAAUUUCGAUUCAAUAAUUUUUUCUGAUAAAAAACGUCAUCUGUUUUUUUUUUUAUAAGAUAAUGAAAUCGUGAAAUUGUAUAUUUUCCUACUUAAGUGCUCUUAUUUAAAAAAUGAUGUCGAAUAUCAAAAAUGACUUUUUUAAAGUACCGUCUAGACAACUUGAGCUUUCAAAUAGUUGCCACACGUAAAAAUCGGAGCAAGUUUACUAAAAAAAACAUGUCCACAGACUAGAAAAAAAAAAACAAUAGCUCCGUCACUACGCUCGGAAUCUAAAAUUACUUACAUACUCACUAACUAAAUUAAAAAUUCAACAAAAAAGGUCUCAUUUUGUUUUUUUUAUUGGGGCAAUAUUUCUGAUAGAAAAUAUAAGCCGUACACAUUUGAAAUAAAGAAACGCUAUAAAUUUGUCAGUUUUCAUUUUUAGUCAUUUUCUGGUGUUCCUCAAUUGUUAUGAAAACUACUAGGAAAAUCAAAAAACAAAUUACUAACUCGCCAACUAGAUUCAAAAUGCAAUUUAUUGAUGUGCCAAAAUUUUUGAGCCGUAAUAUCAGAAAUGUAUUUUGUGGUUUUUCUUAAUUAUUAUGAAAAGUAGGUAUUUUAGAGCUCCUUCACACGAAGUCACUCUGCAAGCGUAACUUAGCAGCGCUGCUAUCGGAAAAAUACAAACGCGGAUGGUUUCACACACGACCACAGCUACUGAUUGGAAGCGCUACAGACGGUGUGAGUGGCUGGCUUCACCGCAGAACAUCGUGUCUAAAAGUCGCGCUUCUCGUAACAGAACGUAUUUUUAGAUUGGGCGUUCACUGCAAUCGCGCGAUUAUUUUUAGCAGCGCGUCGGUAGUGCGUCGUUAGCGCGUUAGUAGCGCGUCGGUAGCGCGAUUACUACGUGUUUGAUUAAACGUUGUCAAUUAUUAUUUUUUAAUUUAUUUUAAUUUCAGUCUUUAUUUAGUCUGAGUAUAGUUUUCUGUUAAUAUUCUUUUAUUAUAUUUUAAAAUAAUGGCGUCUGAUUGUGCAAAUAUAAAUAUUGAAGAUUUUACAAGUGAAAUAGAAUACUGAUCCGCUAUAUGGGACCUGAAGCAUGAUGACUAUAGCAAUACAAAUGCAAAACGGAAUGUGUGGGAAGCAGUCAUUAGUAAAUUUGUUCCCAAUUUCAAUGGUUUGUCUGAGGCUGAAAAAAGAUUAAUUGGUAAAUAAAACAUCAUAUAUUUUCAUAUUGAAAUAAAAUACAAUUUAUAUAAUUAUUUAUAUAGAUAGCUUAUGUAAUAUAUAAGAUGAAAAUACAAAUACAAAUACUAGAAAUCAGUUGGGUUUAUUUGUUUAUUUUAAUGCUUAAGUUAUUAUCGCCAAUUGACUUUUUUAACAGUUUAAUAAAAAUACGGUAAAAUUAGAAAUAUUAUGUAUGUAAUGUUCAGUAAUGGAAAAUAGUAAUGAAUAUAAAUAAUGAUAAAAAUAAUACAAUAUAAGUUAAUGAUAAUUGUAAACAGUUUGAAUCAUUUAAAAUACCAAUCAUGGUAAAUAAUAAUAAUAUAGAAAUUAAAAUACUAGAAAACAAUAAAUUUAAAUAUUAUCCAUUUGCCAUGGUACUUAUCCUUCUUUCAAAAAGAAAUCACUAAGUUCUCUUCAAACGCAUUUGGUUGCAUUUCCUGGUUGAGAGUUGUCCACUGUCAUAUCAUCAAUCAAUCUACUAACAACGAUAUUAUCCUCAAAUCUAAAGCCAUCUCUGUCCCUCACAAAAUUGUGUAGAGAACUGCAUGUUUUAAUUAUAUUUUCUACCAAAGUUUCUUCAACAUUAAGUGCACAAUGUAAAAUCUCCCAUUUAUUACUAAGUAUUCCAAAAUUGCAUUCAAUAUAUCUUCUGACUUUUGUAAGGCAGUAAUAAAACACUUUUUUACUCAUAGGUAAAUAUUUAACCACCAAAUGGACAUAGAAAAAACUGACAAAGUCCAAAUUUCUCAUCUCCUAUUAAAAAUACGGAAUUUUUAAUGACCUUUUGUCUAUAAGAGUUUUAGGCGAAUGUUAUUUAAUUUUGUUAGUUUUUAACAUUUUGUAAAGCGUUGAGUUUUUAAAAGUUGUUGAAUCAUUUGAUUUCCUUGGUGCCCCUACGUCAAUGUAUACAAAUUUGUAAUUCAAAUCACACACCGCUAGUAAAAGAAUGGACAAAAAAUGUUUAUAAUUAAAAUUCAUUGAUGCACUGCCCUCUGGUUUGAUUACUCGAAUGUUUCCCAUCAAUGGCACCAAUAACGUGUGGGAAAUUAUCUCGUUUUUCAAAUUCUGUUGCAACGUUUACUAGUAGUUCUUCCGUGGUUGAAGAGAAGCAACUUUUUUUAUAUUCGACCCAGAGAGAUUCGCACACUUCUCGAACAAUGUUUGAUAUUGUUGAUAAUCCAAUGCAGUAAUCAAUAUGAAGAUUGCUCAUCAUAUAACCAGACCCGAGAUAUCUAAAACAAGUAAUAUUUUAACCAAAGAUUUUUUCAUGUUACAGGUAAUUCAUAUCAGCGAAAAUGAAAAAGUCUGCGUGAUUCAUAUACACGAGAAUUAGGAAUGCAUAAAUAUGAUUCAAAAUCAAGUUCCGCAGCAAAAAACAUAAAAAAAUAUAUUUUUUGAUCAACUUAGAUUUUUAGGUACUACCACAAAAGCUAUAGAUGAUAGUGUACAGUUAAGCUACCACAAAGAAAAUUUUAAUGAAAUUGGAGCAGUUGCCAAAGAAAAUAUUAAUAAAAGGUCCAGCAAAGAGAAGCCUAAGAAAUAUCAUUCUGACGAAGACCACCUCUUGGAAAUUCUAAAAAACGAAAAUAUGAGAAAAAUGUUUCAUCAUCUCCUAAGUCAUCAAAAAGUGUAUAAAAUAAUCCUCUAUUCUUCCUAAAAACAAUUGCUGCACUCAGAAUCUUCUUGAUGUAUUUCUGUGUUUUUUUUUUUUUUUUAUUAAUAAUUUAUUAUUAACUUCGUGUGAAGGAUCCCUUAGAUAUCAAAUAAUGACUUUCUCUGUCAGCGACUAUUAAUAUCUUUGUAAAAAACUUUUUUUUUUCAUACUAUUUUCAUUAAUUUAAUAUAUUUGUUUAAUUUAUCUCGUAUACAAAUAUCUAAAAUACAUCAAUUUUGUAUUUAUUUAAAAAUAUAUGUUCAGCAUUUACAGUUCAAAAAUUGUUUAGUGCUAUUGAUCUUGUGUCUAUAUUUAAUUUUGAAAUAGAAUAAUUAUAAUAUGGUAUAAAAUUUAUAUUUAUUUUUAUAUUUUAACAAAAUUCUUUCAAAUUAGCAAUUUUGUUUUUAAUAUUUAGAAUGGAAAUGCAAUAGAUACUGAAUAUAAGGAUAACAUGUUUAUAAGUUUACCAUUUUUUAUACUAAAAGCAAUACCAAAACCAAAUUCUACUGAAAUAUUGUUUGAGCCUACUCCUGAAGAUUGUUUAAAUCUUCUAUUAUCAAUUCCACGAAGAAUAAUUAAAACAGUAGAGGAUAUUCCAAGAGUAGAACAAUUAUUAAAUAAAAGUAAUAAAAUAUAAGUAUUAUGUAUUGAUCAAAUCUGUAUAUUAUUUAAAUGUAAAAAAAAAUAUUUAAUCUGUAUAUAAUUUUUAAGAAUUCAAAGGCGAUUCUACUAUGGUAUUAAAAAAUGUAAAUGAUUCAGAAGAAGAAGUACAAAAUAUGUUAAUUGAAAUUGGUAAAAUCUUAGAAAAUAAUUUUCCUGGACCAAAAACAUAUAUUACAUAUUAUGAAACAUAUUCUUAUUUGUCAAAUGGAUCAGAAACUGAAGCUUUAAAUUCAUUUUUUAAAAAUGAUCCAUUCCCAUUGUUAAGUGUGUGUAUCAUAAUACAAUAUGAACAUCAUUUUUAAGUUGUGAAUAAUGAAUAAAACAUUUUUGUUAGGAAUUUAAUACUUGGGUAAUAAAAUACACGGAAAUAAACAUUGAUAUUCUUAAACUUAAAAAUCGAGUGGAAUUAAAUUUAUUGAUGUUAGAUGUAACUGAAAUUAAUCAGAAUUUAAAAAAUAUUAUUGCAAAUUUAAAGAAUAAAAUUAUUGACUAUUUUAUGAAUUUAACCCAACAAACUAUUUAUGAGUAAGUAUAUUUGGUUAAAUAUAGUAGAAAUAAUAAUUAUAAUAGUUAUAUUUAUUACAAAUUAGUAACUCUAUAAUAUUUUUUAAGAGUAAAUAGUGCAUUUGAAUUAAUGUCUGCUAAGUCUUCAGAAAUGCCUGACACAACUGAAGAAUUAGUUGAGUUAAGUAAUUAUGUAAAUGAAUGCCGAGAUUCUACUUUAUCAAAAAUGAAAGGUCAAUUGAGAACAGUCGGAGAUUACAUAAUGUUUCUAUUUGAAUAUACAGAAUUUAAUGGUUAGUAAAGUAUUCCGAUUUUUUAAUGUUGGUCUGUUCUAUCCAUUAUAAUAUAUUUUAAAAAUUAAUCUCUAUAGACACUGAUAUAAAUGUAUCAUCACGAGUAUUUCGAUGGCCUCAAGAGAUGGAUCAAAUUUUAGAUUCAGCUACAAGAAGAGUUAUUCAAAAAAAAGGAGUAGUUGAAGGCCAGUUAAAAUCUAAAAAAACUGAAUUCGAUUUUGAGUAUGUAAAUUGUUAUUUAUAUUUUUCCCAUUUAAAUAAUACUAUUUUUUAGCCUCAAAAACCAUUUUAAGUUGUUGGAAAAUUUAAAAAAAAAAGAUCCUCCUAUAUUAACAAAUGAUGAAAUUAUAGCAGCAACUGAAGAAGUGGAACGUCUUAAUGAUUUCUUGGAAGAAGAUAUAGCUGCUGCAAAGGUAACUAAAAUGUGUACCUAAUAAGAAUAAUCUUCAAUAAAAAUAAAAAUUUUAAAUAAAUCAACAUUCCUUAAAUAAUUCAUUAUAAUUUGCAUAGUUAAAGUGUUCAAAUAAUAAUAUUAUUUUAGCAAUUAAGUUAAACAAUAUGUUUAGUUUUUAUUAUAAAUCUGUGAUAUAAUAAAAUGUAUAAAAUUUAGAGCAUAAAUCACACAGAACAGCUUUUGGAUCUGGAAGUUACUCCAUAUACCCAACUUCACUCAACGGUUGCAGCUAGUGAACCAUUUAAUCAUUUGUGGCACAUAGUUCGCGAUUUUCAUAACUACUAUGAAAUAUGGUUCAAUGGUACCUAAAUAUUGUAUACUAUAAAUUAUUGAAUAUAGAUAAUUCAGAUCAACUUAUAAAUUAUUUUAUUUAACCAAGUAUAAUGUAUUUAACACUAGGGCCUUUUCAAAAUUUAAACGCCAUAGAAAUAAAGGAAAUUGUUGAUAGUAUGUGGAAUAAUCUUUAUAAAUUAGCUAGGACUCUCCAAGAUUAUCCUGGAUCAAAAAGAGUAGCAGAAAUUGUGCGUGGUAAAGUUGAUAGUUUUAAAAAGUAUUUACCAGUGUUAGAAACUAUUUGUAAUCCAGGAAUUCAUGAUAGACAUUGGACAGAGGUAAUUUAAUUUAUAUUUUAGUAUUGUGAAUUGUAAUUAAUAUAAUAAUCCAAUAAAAAAUACUUAUGCAAAUUAGAUUAGCAAAACGGUUGGUGUAGAUUUGCAGCCUAAUAAGCAAUCAACAUUGUCAGAUAUGAUUGAAAUUGGUUUACCGAAUUACAUUGAAAAACUUGAAGAAAUUAGCAUGACUGCAUCUAGAGAAUAUUCUCUUGAACAUAGUCUUCAAAAAAUGAAAGAAGAAUGGUUAACUAUUGAGUUUGAAUGUAGUCCAUACCGAGACAGUGGUGUUAGCAUAUUAACGUCAUUAGAUGAUAUUCAAGUUAUGUUAGAUGACCACAUACUCAAAGCUCAAACAAUGCAUGGAUCAGUUUAUAUAAAACCUUUUGAAGUGGAAAUGGAUACAUGGGAAAGAAAAUUAAUUUUAAUGCAAGAAAUUUUAGAUUUAUGGAUUUCUGUAAGUAAUAAAAUAAUUACCUUAAAAUAAUUUAUACCAUUUAAUUGGAUUUUGAGCAGAGUAAUAAAUGUAUUGAUUUUAUAGAGCUUAAUAAGUAGGAAAUCAAACAAUUGGUUUUUUUUUUUUUAAUAAUUUCCAGUAUUUAUUUUAAACGUAUGUACUCGUUUAGUGUUAUUAUUUUUCUUUGAAAAACGCUUUUAGGCUCAAAAAAUAUAUAUAUUAUUAAAAUAUAUUAUAUUUAGAGAUAAUCUGAUAUUAUAAUAUGAGAAUACUUACUCAUAGGUGCAAGGGAUUUGGAUGUAUUUAGGUCCAAUUUUUAGUUCCGAAGACAUUAAUCGUCAAAUGCCAGAAGAAGCAAGAAAUUUUAGAGCCGUAGAUACUAUUUGGCGUCAAAUUAUGAUCCAUACUGUUAAUAAUCGUAAAGUUCUCGAAGCAACAAAUUAUCCUAAUUUGUUAGAAUUACUCAAAAAAUGUAGUGUUAUGUUUGAACAGAUACAAAAAGGCUUGAAUGAGUACUUGGAGAAAAAACGUCUUUUUUUUCCGCGGUAUUUUUAAUUUUUAUGUAUUACUUCUGUUGAAUAUGCAGGUUUGGGUAAAAUGGGCUAAAUACAUUUUAAAUAUAUUUAUUGGAGAUAGAUAAUAUUUUUUCAAAUUUUUGAAAUGUAAUUUUAAAUGAAUAUUUUGUCAAUAUUUUAUAUUUUUUAUUUUUAGAAACAAAAUAUGCAUAUUUAUUUAAUAAAGUUUUUAGUUUUAACUUAUAUAUGAGUACCAUAUUAUGAACUCCUAUAUUAUAUUUUAAUCAUAAAAUAAUGUUUUGUAUAGGUAAUUUAUUAUUAACUUAAUUUUUUUAUAUUACUAGGUAUAUAUAGAACAUAAAAAUUAUUAGAUGGAGAUAUUUUUUGAAGUUCUGUUAUCAGAUUAAAAUCUAACUGUCAAACACAUCUUGUAUUUUAAAAAUUUUAACUUAAUUAUUUUGUAUUCCAAAUAUAUUUCCAAAAUAAAAAAAUAAAAAUUUUGCAUAUAUUAUUUUGAAUAAUAAUGAAACACUUUAAAAAUAUUAUAAAACUAUUUUGCUCAAUCUUGAUUAUAUGAUUAGUAAAUAAUAUUUACAAAGGAAACCAUUUAAAACGAGCACAUUUAAUACAAAAAAAUUAACAAGUACCUAUUAUCGAAAAAGAUAUUAGUGAUUCUUGUGUCAUUUAAUGUGUAAACAAAUAUUGAUUGCUACAUAUAAAGAAUUAUUUAUUGAUUAAUUCAAAGUUUUUAUAAAUGGUUUCUAUUGCACUUUAUUGUUUAACCAAUUAUAUAUGUAUUAGGUUAUUUAAAAUACGCUAAAUGAUUUUUAUAAAUUACAGAUUUUUCUUUUUAUCUAACGAUGAACUUUUGGAAAUUCUAUCCGAAACUAAAGAUCCAUUGCGUGUGCAACCACACCUUAAGAAAUGUUUUGAAGGUAUUACUAAAUUGAAUUUUACAAAAAGUAUAGAAAUAGUGGGAAUGAUAUCUGCUGAUGGUGAAGUAGUUGCUUUUAAUGGAAUAAUUUAUCCUGCCGAUGCCAAAGUAUGUAUUCAUUUCAAAUCUAAAGUGAACUUAUUAAUUUUUUUCUUUUCUUAGGGUUUAGUUGAAAAAUGGUUAAUUCAGGUAGAAACUUUAAUGAUGCAAUCAAUUAGUGAAAUUAUUAAUACUGCAGUAAAGGAGUACAUUUACUCUCAACGAGUUAAAUGGGUACUUAAAUGGCCAGGAAUGGUAGUUUUAUGUGCUGCAACUAUAAAUUGGACUACAGAAGUAGAAAUUUCUAUUGAACAAAAUGGACUAUCUGUAAGAAAAAAAUACUUAAGCAAAUGAACAGUUUAUUGUUGUAUACAUUUUAUUUUUGUUUUUAUGUAGGCCUAUUCAGACAAAAGUAGUAAACAAAUAAAUGAUUUAGUAAGUUUAGUACGUGGAAAAUUAAGCAAAGGGGAAAGAACAACAGUAUGUGCUUUAAUAGUUAUAGAUAUUCACGGUAAUUAAUUUAAGAAAUAUUGUAAUAUUAAUUUUGUAUUAUGAAUUGGGAUAAUAUAUACUACUACUUACCUAUUUAAUGUUAAAUUUUAUAUUUUAAGCCCGUGAUGUUGUUAAAACUCUUAAUAGUUUGAAAGUAAGCAGUAUUCAUGAUUUUAAUUGGCUUAGCCAACUUAGGUACUAUAAUAGUGAUUUGAAAACAACCGUAUCAAUGAUAACUACUACUCUUGAUUAUGGGAAUGAGUACUUAGGUAAUACGUCAAGAUUGGUAAUUACUUCAUUAACAGAUCGUUGUUACAGGUAAAAUUAUAAGUAUUUAAUUACAAAUAUUCAAGAUUUAUAACUUUGAGUAUAAUUAUUGAUUAGAACACUAAUGGGUGCAUUAAAAUUAUAUCUUGGUGGAGCUUCAGAAGGUCCAGCUGAUACCGGUAAAACCGAAACUACAAAAGAUUUAGCUAAAGCAAUAGCUAAACAAUGUAUUGUAUUUAAUUGUUCUGAAGGACUUGACUUUAAAGCUAUGGGCAAAUUUUUCAUGGUUUGUAAUAAUACCUACAUAAUAGUUACCUACCUAGUUUUUAAAUUAUUAUUUUGUUAUAAUAUUUAGAUAAGGCUUUCAACUAAUCAAUACUUAAUACAAAAAUUAUACUAUAAUAUAUAUUCGUAUCAGUAACUAUAAGUAAUACCAUAAUAUAAUAUAAUAUAAUAUAAUAUUAUAUAUUAUUUAUAUUUGUUAGCGUCAAUGUCAGCAAUUAACAUGCUGUGUAUUAUAUGGUAAUACAUAUGCUUUACAAAUCAGUGUUUUUUUAAUUAAAAGUCCGACAUGAGCGAACCUCUAUAGGUAAAACAAUUUUACGGAAAUAUUCACCGAUUAACCAUAUGACAAAUAUUGACGUUAACAUAUUAAUCAAUACCUACUAUUACAUAUAACUACAGGAUUCAUAAGUUCAUAUUAAAUGUAUUAAAAUGUACGCAUUUAUGCCUUAAAAACUGAUAAAUAUGCACUUCAAAUAUACGCAAAAAAAUGUAUAGUUUUUUAGUUAAAAAAUUGAUUUAUCUUGUAAAUGAUGGAAAUUUUCGAGAAAUAUUACAAUUUCGAAUUGAGUUUGGCGAUAAGAAAUCAGAAGAUCAUUUUAAAAAUACAAGUUUCAAAGCUACAUACAUAUAACACUAAAACUACGCAGACUGAAAUUAAAUGCCUAUCUCUAGGAAAUUAACUAUUGAUUAACCCCCUAUAAUUUCCCUAUAAUUUUCAACCUAUAGUAAUAAAUUAAUAAACAACUGAAAGUUGUAAAAUAUGGUCAUAUACCUUUAAUUAUAAGCGUUUUUUAAUUUAUUCAUGUUAUUUUAUACAUUGUAGGGUCUAGCUCAAUCUGGAGCAUGGGCAUGUUUUGAUGAGUUCAAUAAAAUUGAGCAUGACGUAUUGUCAGUCAUUGCUCAGCAAGUAGCAACUAUACAAACGGCGAUAAAAGCUAAUUUAGAAAAAUUUGUUUUUGAAGGCACAGAGUUGACAUUAAACCCCACUUGUGCAGUUUUUAUAACAAUGAAUCCUGGGUUUGAUUUAAUUUAAUAUAUACUAACGUUAUAACAUUUUAUUUAUCAGCUACAUUUCACUAAUUGUAGAUAUGCUGGACGACAUGAACUACCAGAUAACUUAAAAGUAUUAUUCCGUACAGUUGCUAUGAUGGUACCAGAUUAUGUUAUGAUUGCAGAAAUAUCAUUAUACUCAAUGGGUUUUAGUCAUGCUAGAAGGUGACUAUUUUUUUGAUUGUUGCAUAUAUUUCAGUCACAUAAUCUAAUAAAAUAAUAUUUCAGUUUGGCUGAAAAAAUAGUAGAUACAUAUAAGUUAUGUUCAGAACAAUUAUCAUCUCAAUCACAUUAUGAUUUUGGAAUGCGAGCAGUAAAAUCUGUAUUAAUAUCUAUUGAAAAUUUAAAAAUUAAUUAUCCUGAUAAUAAUGAAGCACAGAUUGUUUUAAGAGCUUUAUACGAUGUUAACAUACCGAAGUUUUUAUCAGAGGUUUAUUCUAUGAACUAAAUGACUGAUAAUUUUAACAUAAUAUUAUUCAACUAUUUGUAUUAGGAUAUAUCACUUUUUAUUGGUAUAUAUGAAGAUUUGUUCCCUGGUGUUGAACUUUUAGUGCCAGAAAGAGAAGAACUAAUUAAUAAAAUAAAAAUUAACUUGACAAAAAAAAACUUACAAAGUACUCCAUGGUUCAUAGAAAAAAUAAUACAAAUAUACGAGAUGGUAUUAGUUAGACAUGGUCUUAUGAUUGUUGGCGAACCAUUUUCUGGAAAAACGUGUGCAUAUCAGGUCUGUAAACACUAUAUUGUAAGUAUGUGAACCAUAUGACUUAAAUUAUAAUAUUAUAGUUACUCAGAGUAGAUACACACAUAUAGUUUUUAAUUGUAAUUUAAUGAAAUUCUAAUUCCUUUUAAUUUAUCAAAAUAUUUAUUAGUUUUUAUGUUACACAAGUUUGGAUUGUAAUAUGUAUUAUUUUUACAGUUGUGCAUGUCUUCUAGUAGAUUCAUUAAUAUUUUAUUAGAUAUUUGGAUAAAAAGAAACUUUCUAGAUGGUUUUUAAUUAUUAUACAUUUUAAUAAAAACAAUGGUUACUUUAAAUAAACUAGGUAUUCUUUGAACAUUUUGACUUAACAGUUCGAGAAGAUUGGAAUAAAAGAACUAACAUUUAUUCUGAAAUAUAAUUUUGUAGUUAUAACUCACUUAUAAGUUGUAAUUUAUAGUAAUGAGGUAAUCUAUACUAAUUUUUUAAUAUAUUUUAACAUGAAUUAAGUUUUCAACAUGUUUACUACUUUUAGACCAAAUUGUACAUUUUUAGUUUUCUUAUUAAGUGCAAUUUUUAUUUGAAAAACUUGAAAAUGUAAUUAUUUAAUUAGCUAUUCUAGGUAGUAGACAUUUUAUGUUUUUUUAAUAUAAAUAUGUAUUAUUCAUUUUAGAUUUUAGCAGAAUCCUUAGGCAAUGUACAAUUUGAUCUUAAAGCAGUAAUGGAAGAAUUUAAAACUACAUAUAAAAUUAUUAAUCCAAAAGCUAUUACUUUAGAUCAACUUUAUGGAUCAUUUGAUAGAGUCUCACAUGAAUGGCAUCAUGGUAAAUAAUAUAUUUUUAUUUUUAAAAUUUAUAAUAUUUUUUCAUUUUACAUUUUAGGAGUUUUAGCAAUUAUUUUUCGUGAGUUUGCAAAUAACAUAUCAAAUGAUCGUAAAUGGAUUAUAUUUGAUGGGCCAAUUGAUGCAAUAUGGAUAGAAAAUAUGAAUACAGUGUUGGAUGAUAACAAAAAACUUUGCUUGAUGUCUGGUGAAAUUAUUCAGGUUUAAAUAAAUACUAUAAUGUAACUUUUUAGUUCUUAAUUUUAUUGUUUAUUGUGAUAUUAUACAUGAAUUUAUUAUAGAUGAAUAAUAAAAUGAAUAUGAUAUUCGAACCAGCUAAUUUAGACCAAGCUUCACCUGCAACAGUAUCUCGCUGUGGUAUGGUAUAUCUUGAACCCAAGCAACUCGGGUGGCGUUCGUUUUGGCUUUCAUAUAAACAAAUCAUUUGGUCCAAACUUUCACCUGACCAACAAGUAAUGAUAGAUGAAAUGAUUGAAUGGUUGGUCCCUGCUAUAUUUAAUUUUAUAUAUAGGAAUUGCAGUUUAUUUUUAACUACGUCUGAAAAUCAUAUGUUUAAUGUAAGUAAUUUCGUUUUGAGUUCUUUAAAUUUAAUACACGUAAUUUAUUAAAUUUUUAUAGUCUUUCACUAGGUUAAUUAAUUGUUUGAUUAAAAGAGAAACCGGAGUUGGAAUCGCAGCUAUAUGGUUAGGAUGUAUAACAAUUUUUUGUUUGAUAUGGAGUUUGGGUUCUAUAAUAAAAGAUGAUAGCAGAAAUAAAUUUGACAUAUUCCUGCGAAAAAUUAUUCUAGGCCAUAACGACCAACAUCCAAAACCUCAAACUUUCAAGUUAACCAAAAAUCACCUUUUUCCAGACAGUGGUACAGUUUAUGACUUCGUGUAUGAUAAGAAAAAUAAUGGUUCUUGGAUUCAAUGGUCAGAAAAAUUAGAUUUAAAAAGAAUUCCACCAGAUGCUAAAGUAAAUAUACUAUAAUUUUUAAAAUGUUUUUUUUUAAAAUAAAAAAAAUAUUAUUUAAUUAAAUACCACUUAGUAUAAAAAAUGUAUUGCUUUGUAUUUUUAAAAAAACCAUUAAUUACCUUUUUUUUUUAAACUUGUUUUUACCUUCUAAUUACUGAUAAUUUAAAUAUUGUACUUAAAAAAAAAAAAUAAUAGGAAAGACGAAAACGACCAUGAAGCAAUAUAAAUAAAGUUUGAAUGUUGUUUAAAUACUGAGGUAUAGACUAUUAUUGAAAUAUUUCAACCAUAUCAUAUACCAGAGGUUCCCAACCAGGGUGUUGCGCUAUCAAGGGAACUUAAAUUUAGGGUGUUGCGAAAUUAUUUUUUUUAAAAAAACGACUUCUUGAAAUGUAUAGCUCUGUGAUUAAUAAAAUAGACUAGUAGUAAAUUGUUUAAUAUACAAAUUAUUGUUUUUAAUUAAUUAUAUACAAUAUAAUUUAAUAUAUUAAUUAUAUAAUACAUAUAGUUUGUACAUAGUAAUACUGCGAUGUUCAAUCUAUUUUAAUUUUCAUACUGGUUUGUUUGUUAUCGAUUGCUAUAGUUAACGUUCAAUUUCAUAAUUUGUUUUAUAAUAUGUAAUAUGUGUAUAUACCAGGUACCUACUAUUUUUGUUUAUACUAAGGCACUUAGCUUAAUAAAAUCGAAGUUACAAAAUAUAAAUUUAAAUACAUGAUAUAUUACAAUUGCGUAUUCAGUAUAGAGCAUUGGGUGCCUCCAAAAAUCGAAAAACAACCACUUUAAAUUACCUCCACACUAAUUUCUUUUCAGAAAAGUUGCUACACCUUAAAAUCAGAGCGGGUCCUCUGGUAGAAAAGUUGACCACAGAAAAAAAAACAUCUUUGUAAAACCAUAAGCUUCUUUGCUCCACUCAGAAUCUAAAAAAAUAAAACAAUCUAAAGUAUGUGAGAAAUGAGAAGGAAUUUGUUGAUUUAAAUAUGUAUGUAUAUGUGAUGAAUUGAUGUCGCAAAAAAUUGACUCUGAUAAAAAUGAAUAAGCGUGACAUCAUAUAUAUUUAUGUGUUACAUUGUUAUUUUACUUUUUAUAAGUGUUAAUUUUUUUGAUAUUAUGCCUUAUGUUAUAUAAUAAUAGGUAUAUCCUAACUAAAUUAUACUACCUAUCUAUUUUUAUAUCUACAUCAUUUCUAUUUUUAUUUUGUUUAAAUUAAAUCUAACCUGUAGGUUGGUAUUGAUUUGCAUUAAUUUAUACUUAUUUUUUUAAUAAUAUGCCCUAAAACAUCUUGAAAAAAAUGGUAAUAUUGUGGAUAUUAAAAAAAGUGUAAAUUAAAAUCUAAUUGUUGUUUUGGACUAUAAAGUUUUGAAAUUAUUAAAUAAUAUUUGUAUGAUUAAUAAGAAGCUUGCAUCUAGCCAUCUAGAGAUUGAAUUUUUUUUUUUUGUAUCAAUUAUCAGUACCUACCUAUAGUACUAUUUUUAUUACUUAUGUAUAGAUAAAUGACUUAAUCAUUGGAACGGAUGAAACUGCAAAACAACAAUACUUUCUGCAAAUGUUUCUUGAAAAUGAAAUUCCUUUACUGUUUGUUGGACCAACUGGUACUGGAAAAUCAGCUGUAGUGCUUAAUUAUUUAAUGCUCUUGCCUAAAGACAAAUUUUUAAUUAAUGUUUUAAACUUCUCUGCACAAACUUCAGCUAAAACUGUACAAGAUAUAAUAAUUUCUAAAUUAGACAAGUAUAUAUAAGACGUGUAUAUAUUUUAUUGGUAGAUAUCUAUAACUUAGAAAUUACAUUAUUUUACAGGAGAAGAAGAGGUGUAUUCGGUCCGUCUGUUGGUAAAAAGUGUUUGUUGUUUAUAGAUGAUUUAAGCAUGCCAUUACCUGAAAAAUAUGGUGCUCAACCACCUUUAGAGUUGUUGAGACAGUGGAUUGAUCAUAACCAUUGGUAUGAUCUCCAAAUGAUGUCUAGAAUAGAUAUGCUAGAUAUGGUUAGGUUUAUUUUUAAUUUAUUAUUACAAUAACAUAUUUGUUUUAUUUAUUUUAAAAUGUUUCAUUAUUUAUUCUCCAGUUAUUUAUUGGUGUGCUUCAACCUCCUGGCGGUGGUUCAAAUAAUGUUACAACUCGUUUGACGCGACAUAUGAAUAUUAUAAGUAUAAAUUCUUUCAGCCAAGAAACUGUGUUAAAAAUAUUCACUCAAAUCAUGGAUUGGCAUGUUAAUAAAGGAUUUGCUGAGGCUAUAAUUUGCCAAGGAAAAGUAAGAAUUUAUUUGAAUUAAAAUGGGAUACAUAUUUAAUUUGAAUUUAAUUUAGAACAUUGUAGAAGCUAUACUAUUUGUCUACAAAGAAUCAGUUUCCACAUUUUUACCAACUCCUGCAAAAUCUCAUUAUACUUUCAAUCUUCGAGAUUUUUCCAGAGUCAUAAAAGGAAUAUUAUUAUUGCCCGCAUCUCGAUGUAAAGUUAUUGAAAAAUUUUUCCGUUUAUGGGUUCAUGAGACAUGGCAUGUAUUUGGAGAUAGAUUAGUCGAUGAUGAUGAUCGUAUUAAAUUAUUUAAUAUUAUGAAAAUUGCAUCUAAUAAUUGUUUGAGACAACCAAUGGAUCUUUAUCUUAGUGAUUUAAUGCUUGUUGAAGAGAAGAGUACUCUAAAUUCAGGUCAUUUACGAAACUUAUUUUAUGGAAACUACAUGGAUCCAGGUAGUGACAAAAAAAUAUAUGACGAAGUUCACAGUGAAAAACUAUUAACUCAACGUAUGGAGUACUAUUUGAAUGAGUACAAUACUAUGUCUAAAAGUCCAUUGUUAAUGGUUAUGUUUAAAUUUGCUAUUGAACACGUAUCUCGUAUAAGUAGAGUUUUGCAGCAAGAUAUUGGUAAUUUGUUAUUAGUGGGAGUAGGCGGUAGUGGAAGACAAUCAGCUUCAAAGUUGGCAACAUUUAUAGCAGAUUUUAAAAUUUUUCAAGUAUGUUUUAUAUAAAAAUGUAAAUUUUAGUGUACUUAUAUAAUAUUCUGUAAAUGUUGUUGUAAGAUUGCAGUAGGAAAUAACUAUAGUAAAAAUGAAUGGAAUGAAGAUAUGAAAAAAGUAUUAAAAUAUGCUGGAUGUGAAGGAAAACCAAUUAUAUUUUAUUUAUCUGACAGUCAAAUUAUGGAUGAAUGUUUUUUAGAAGACAUAAAUAUGCUACUCAAUACUGGAGAUAUACCAAAUCUUUUUCAAUCUGAAGAACGAGUUGACAUUUUAGAUAAAGUAUCUAAUAUUGCUCAAAGUUAUGUAAGUUUGAUUGGAUAGUAAUAUUUUAUAAUUAAAAUUUAUAGUUAUAUUUUAAUAGAAUUUCUUAAAUUAAUAAAAUAUAAUUUUUGUUACAGGGGAAAAAAAUUGAAACAACGCCUCUUGCUUUAUAUAAUUUUUUUAUUGAAAGAAUUAAAGAUAAUCUUCAUCUUAUCAUAGCUAUGUCACCAAUUGGUGAUGCCUUUAGAACCCGUUUAAGAAUGUUUCCUUCACUCAUUAAUUGCUGUACUAUUGACUGGUAAACAAUUAGUAUUUAAUUAAUCAAUCAUAUUGCAGCAUUUUAAUAUUUUCAAAAUAUUUAAUAAAAGUUUUCUAUUAUUUUUAACAAUAUUUUUUAUGUAAGUAUAUUAUUGACACCAUUUCCAAAAUACAUUCUUGUUCAAAAUAUCUGAAUAUCAUUUAUUAAUAAAAUAUUUUAUUAAGGACCCAAUGUCCAUCUCUAUAGUUUAACUGGCUCCCAUUAUUAGUUUCCAAUGAUCAGAUUAAUUGUAUGUAUUAAAAAUAAUAGGUUUACUGCUUGGCCUGAAGACGCUCUUGAAAAAGUUGCAGAAUAUUAUUUACAAGCUAUGUCUCUACCACAUAAUAUUGCAACAUCAUGUGUGACAAUUUGUAAAGAAUUUCAUACAACUGCUAGGGAUGCUUCAAUUAGGUAAAUAGAAUACCACUUUACAAGUUACUUGUACUAAACACUAUUGAAAUUUAUUAUGUUAUUCCAAAUUUAUGUAGGUUGAACAGUUUGGUUUUUUUUUUUUUCCAAAAAUUAAAUCAAACAAUAUUUAGUCUUCGAAAAUUCAAAAAUAUUUAGUAUAUUCAUUUAGAUAUCUACUUAUUGUUGGAAAAUAAAUAACCAUUUAAAUUCUAUUGACUUUAUUAGAUGUGUACUUAUACUUAAAUAUUCGACCUAUACUGAUCCAUUAAGAAUAUUUGGUGCCUAUUUAAUUUAACAUAAUUAUUAAUAUUGUAUAAUUUAGAAAUUGUAAUUAUUUUUGGUGCAAAAUGUACCUCAGCACUGCCACUUAUAUAUCCAUUUCUAUUUUUUUUUCCAAUCAAAAUGUUUUGUUAAUGUACGAUUGUGUAUUUAUGAUAUUCAAAGCGGUUUAAAAAAAAAAAAAAAAAAAAAUAAAAUAAAAUAUCUUAAUAACUUUUGAAAUUUAAUUUUAGGUUUUGUUCAAACUUAAAGAGGUAUAAUUAUGUUACACCGACUUCAUAUUUAGAGCUUAUCAAAACAUUUCAAAAUUUACAUAAGAAAAAGGUAAAUGAAAUUACAACUUCGCGAAAAAGAUAUGAAACAGGUCUAGAAAAAUUAGAUUUUGCUGCUGGUCAAGUAUCUGUUAUGCAAGAUCAACUUACAGCUUUAAAACCAAAAUUAUUAGAUACUUCAAAAGAAACUGAAGAUCUAAUGGUUAAAAUUGAACAGGACACUGUUAAAGUUGAAGCCAAAAAAGAAGUAGGUAUAUUUAAAAUUAAAUUAUUUUGAACUGAUGAUUCUUAAUUAAUAAUAAUAAUACUAUUUUAGAUAGUGGGCGCAGAUGAAGCUCUUGCUAAUGAGGCUGCAGCAGCAUCUCAGGCUAUUAAGGAUGAUUGUGAAAGUGAUUUAGCUGAAGCCAUACCAGCCCUAGAAUCAGCAGUUUCGGCUUUAAAUACUCUUAAACCAGCUGAUAUUACUGUAGUUAAAUCUAUGAAAAACCCUCCAUAUGGUGUAAAGUUAGUACUAGAAGCAGUUUGUGUAAUGAAAGGAAUUAAAUCUGAACGUAAGCCAGAUCCAAGUGGCUCUGGCCGAAUGAUUGAAGAUUUUUGGGGACCUUCUCAAAAACUUAUUUCAGAUACUAAAUUUUUGGAAAGUUUAAAAACAUAUGACAAAGAUAAUAUAGAUCCUGCAAUCAUGAAAGUUAUACGUGAAAAGUAUAAUUUAUUUAUAAUUUGUAUUAUGAUACUAUAAAUAUACAUAUUUGUAAUUUUCAGAUAUAUUAGUGAUCCAGAUUUUAAUCCAGUUAGUAUCAAAUCAGUUUCUAAUGCAUGUGAAGGUUUAUGUAAAUGGAUACGAGCACUAGAUGUUUAUGAUAAAGUUAUUAAAAUUGUUGGGCCUAAAAAAGAAAAACUUCAUCAAGCAGAAACGGACUAUACCAUACAAAUGGAAAAACUUAAUGAGAAAAGAGCUGAACUAUCUGGUGUACUAGGAAAACUUCAAACAUUGAGAGAUGAACUAGCAGAAAAGACGAAAGAGAAAAAGGAAUUAGAAGAUAGUAUUGAUAUGUGUGCUCAAAAAUUAACUAGAGCUGAAAUAUUAAUUAGUGGACUUAGUGGUGAAAAGUAUAAAUGGAGCCAAACAGCUAAAGAAUUACAAUCAACCCUUGAUAACUCAGUUGGUGAUGUAUUACUAUCUUCGGGUGUUGUUGCUUAUCUUGGAGCGUUUACUGCUGACUAUAGAAGUGUUUGUAUAUAUUAAUAAAGUUCAUGAUUAUAAAUAUAAAAGUAAUAACAAUAUUUUUCAGGCACUCAUUGAAGAUUGGAAUAAAAAAUGUCUAGAAAUGAAUAUUCCAUGUUCAGAACAUUUUUCAUUAGUACAUACAUUAGGAAAAUCAGUAUUAAUACGGGAAUGGAAUAUGUUUGGACUUCCAGCUGAUAAUUUUUCAGUCGAGAAUGGGAUCAUCAUAUAUAGUGCUACAAGAUGGCCUUUAAUGAUUGAUCCUCAAGGUCAAGCAAAUAAAUGGAUAAAAUCUAUGGAAAAUAAUAACAGGCUUUCUAUAAUUAAGCUGUCAAAUUCAAAUCUUAUGAAUAAAUUGCAGUUAGCUAUUGAACAUGGCUUCCCAGUUCUUCUAGAAAAUGUACAAGAAGAACUCGAUGCUACAUUUGGUAUUAUUAAAGUAUUUGUUUUAAAUUUAUUAUUUUUUAAAUUAAAAAUUUUAAAAAUACAAGCCAAACUUCAUACGAAUGACCUUAAUAAAUACAUUCCAGCUGUUCGUGAACUAUGGGGAAAGCAGGAUCAAUUCUGAGCAAACAGCUGGAAUUAUGUUAUUCCCUGUAAUAACGAACGUUUCGAAGGCGUUUAGAGAACUCACUUACCCUGGCACCUGACUUGAAAAUUAUGUAAUGAAUUUGUUAAUUGAAAUUCGAAAUUUGUUAGGUAGGUACUCAAUUUUAACCAACAAAAACCAUACUUACUUUAAUUUCCAGAUGCUGAGUUAAACUUACUCCAGCAUCCGACACACAUAACUCUCAAGGUAAAAUGUUUAAGUCAGGUGUCAGGGUAAGUGAGCUUGUCUAGGACACUUCGCCACCGUACCUACCAAUUCGCCACCAUACAGUUUCACAAUUAGCCAACCCAAUAUGACCAACUCGACGCCAUACGUUUUCGCCUGCAGAAACUUCUCCGUGAAUAUGUUAUAUAACAAAAUGAUCGAUUUAUCAUGAACUAGUAGUAUUCUCGGAGGAUUUUAUUUUAUGUGAUUUUGAUUUUUGUUUUUUUCUAUUAUUAUUAUUAUGGAAUCAUUUAAGCUUUAUCAUUUUUAUACUAUUUUAUAUUACCUUAAAUAAAUAAAUAUAGGUACACACUUCAAAUAAUAAUCAUUCAUUUUAAAUACAUAUUUAAAUAGAUAAUGUUUUUUUUAAACAUUGUUAUAUGUGUAGUAACACUAACUUUUACACAUAUCUAUAUUUUUGUUCACUGUUUACUAUUUAUGAGUUAUAGGUUUAUAACAGAUUAAAAUUCAAACUAGAAAAGUUGGAAAGGGUAAUAAAGUUCUAAGAGCAGGUACCUUAUGAUAAUAAAAAAUUUAAAAAGAAAUUGUAUAAAAGUUCAGGAGUUUUUCGAUUUUGGUAGAGAGUUGGUCGGGGUCAAAACAGUAUGAUGGCAAAUCAGUUGUGGCGAAAUAAUCUGUGGCUCCAUUUCGAAACGUUAUCCAAACUAAAUUUUGUUUAUGUUCAUUAAAAAACUGAUCAUCAAUAGAUCCGAUACCAGUAGAGCAUUUGAGUGUUCAUCUGAGGUGGCGGGGUGAUUUAAUUCUCACACAUAUAUUAAGUAUAUCACAUUGUACCUGAAUGGCCUAAGGUUUCCUCGAUUAUUAUGAAAAAUCAAAAGAAGAUUAGCUUAAUGUACCAACUACAUAUUAUAAACAAAAUUGUGUAUCAAAUACCACUCUUGAGUUGGUGAUUAAAGUUCUUACUUUAAGAUUUCUUGUUAAAAAUUAAAUUAUUAUUUAUUAUUAUUCGAAUGUACAUAUUAUAUUAUUAUAGUAUAUUCUACUGAUUUAAAGCGGUUUUACUGUAGGUAUAUUAAAUUGUAUGUAUUUUUCAAGUUAGUAUAAUAUAGUUAUAUUGAUAUCACAUUGACAGAUACUUGUAAUGUAAUUUUUACUGUUAUAUUUGUACCUAGUGCCUACAUGCAAAAUCUAUGUAAAUUGACAGUGUACCUUCUAUGAUUUGAUAUCAUUGAACAAUUACUGCUACAGCAGCAUUAACAUAAAAUAAAAUUUUUCAUAUAACUGCUAUAGCAUUAGUGUCCGUAAAUAUGAUAUAAUAUAGGUAUUGGCAAACUUUCAACAGUCUCCAAGAAAUAAUCAAUUAUGCAUAACUUUUAUUAACUUUGGACUCUUGGGUCUUGAGACAUUAAAAAAGCGUAGUAAAAGUUGAUUUUUUUUUAUAUAAGCUUGCUUAAACUUCAUAAUUUAAUACAAAACGUAAAAAUAACGGAAUUUCAAUUACUAUUUUUUAAUUUAUGUAAAUAUAAUUUUUGGUUUAUCUAAAAUGCUCUAAGAUUUAAUAUAAGGUUCAUCAUAAAUUAUACUUGGUGAUAAAACAUGAAUUAAAUGUAAUGUACGAUAAACAUUUUAUUUAAACGUUUCAAGUUUAAUUUUUGUCAAUAAUGAUCAUGGCAUAUCAAAACGUGUAAACGUGUUUACCCGAACUUCACUCUGAAUGGUUUUUCUUAGCAAUGAUUUAUUGCUGUGUAUAGAUAUCUAUAAUUUAAAUAAAUUGGUUUCUAUUUUAAGUUUCCAACAGUGGCACACACACACCCAUCUCUAAUAUCAGCUCUUUUUUUAUUCAUUCUUUGUGUAUUAACCACUAAAACAAUAUUUUGAUUUUUUUUUUAAAUUCAUUUAAUUGGCUUACACAAUUUUUUAAUUUUUAAAACGAAAUUAAAAUUUAACUUAUUGUUUGCAUAAAUGUGAAUUUUUUGUAGACCAAAUACUGUUUAAAAAUAUUUUUAAACAAGGAAAAAUUGAAUAUUUGAGAUUUGGCGAAAAUAUGUUGGAAUACAAUCAUUCAUUUAGACUUUACAUCACAACACGACUUCGAAAUCCUCAUUAUCUACCAGAAAUAUCAGUUAAAGUAGGUUUAUUUAUAUUAUUAAAGUGAAUCACUUAAAAGUCAAAUUUAUAUUUUUAAUAUUUUGUGAAAAUUACCUACCAAUUUUAGUUGGUUAAAAUACAUCUAAAAAAAUUCUAUAAAUAUUUAAUUUUUCAUGGAAGUAUUAUAAUAUAUUGAAUAUAAUGUAGGUACCUACUAAUAAUGCAGCACUUUUUCUACAUAACAUUUAUCUUUUUUUUUUUUUAAUAUCUGUUUAUUUGUUACUCAAUCAUUGUCAUUUUAAAAUUAAUUUUUAACCAAAAAUAAAUGUACUGAAUAUUUUAAUUCAAUUCAGGUAACUUUACUAAACUUUACGAUCACUCAACAAGGGUUACAAAAUCAAUUAUUAGGAAUUGUUGUUGCUCAAGAACAGCCACAAUUGGAAGAAAAGAAAAAUCAAUUAAUUAUUGAAAGUGCUGAAAACAAUAAAUUACUUAAAGAAAUCGAAGACAAAAUACUGUAUAUUCUUUCAUCAUCUCGAGGAAAUAUUUUAGAAGAUGAAUCGGCAAUAAAAGUUUUAUCUUCAUCUAAAGUAUGAUAUUCGUAAAUAUUUUAAAUAUUAUAUAAUAUAUAAUAAGUAUAAUGUCUUAAUAUCUAUUUAAUUAAUUUUAGUCAUUAUCGGCCGAAAUUCAAUCAAAACAAGAAAUUGCAAUUGUAACAGAAAAAGAAAUUGAUGUAGCUCGUGAUGUUUAUAUUCCUAUCUCUAAACAUUCGUCCGUUUUGUUUUUUUGUAUCACGGAUUUAAAUUAUAUUGAUCCGAUGUACCAGUAUUCAUUAUCAUGGUUUAUAAACCUAUAUGAUCAGGUAAGCUUUAAAAUAAUUUAUUGUUUAUAGAUCUUUCAUUUUUUUCUUUUUUUCUCUUCUAUAAGUAUAUUAUAAAUUAUGUUUAGCAUUUUAUUACCUACAUAAAUAAGAUAAUUUAAAGCAGUGGUUUUUAACCUUUUUUCAUUACAGUGCCCUUCAUAGAUAACUAACUAAUAACAUCCCCUCACGCAUAACUAUGCUAGGAUUGUUAUAUUGCCUUAUUGGUAUUUAGUUUUUGGUUUAGCUUUUUUUUUUUUUUGCUUAUCUGUUUUUAUACGAAUUAUAAUUAUUAUGUUAUAUUACAGGAAUCGUUUGCUGAUGACAUUUAUUGUAGGGAUCUUGGCCAACUUUAAAUCACAAGCCUAUAUAUAAUCCGGCCCUGUACAUAACUAUUCUUAUUUCACGUGCAAUAAUACAUGUCACUGGAUGCUAUUGCUUUUUUAUUUUUUCAUUAUUCCGCAUUAAAAAGCUCACCGCUUAAAACACCCUUAAAAUCUUCCACCCCCUCGGACGACCGAAAUGCCUAGGGGGCGUUACUGCCCACGUUAAGAACCACUGAUUUAAAGUCUAAACUUAAACUGACUAAAUAAAAAGAGGUGAACAUUUUAAAUUUAUUUAAAUUUGUUUACUACAUUUUGUUCAUAUACAAUGAAAGUAAAUAUAAUUUUGUAAUAGGUUGGAGUCACUACCAAUGACCAUCUUAAGAAUUUUUGUGUAUUAAUAUUUGAUUUUAUUUAUUUAUGGUUGUCAUUUAUUGAACAUUUUUUUAACUAAACCAUAAUAAGUAGGUACCUACAUUAUAAGUUAACCAAUAGAUACUUAGUUUGAGUUUAAAAGUUUUAAGAACAUUAUGGAAUGACAAUUUUUUAUUGGUAUUAAUAUUUAAAAUUACAUUUUCUGGUUUUAUAGUCAUUCUACUUUAUUUUUACGGGCGUCGGCUUAUUCCCUUUAAAUAUUAUAAUAUUAUAAUUAUUAUACUUAGCGCAGCAAUAGGGUAUUAUAUAAGUAUGGGCCACAACGAUAUUCGUAAUGUAAAUUAAACGAGCAAUAGUUAUCGGUAUCAAAGCUACAUUCUCCAAACGGGGAUGGGUUGUCUAAAUCCACCUCAACUGCUGCCAAUCUUGGGUGCACCGAAUGGGCAGGGCAACUAUCUACUAAGGCUCCGGCGCAAUACAAACGACAGUGAACAAACUAUUUUAGGAAUAUGUUUAUGCGCGUGUUCUCGCACGACCCAGAUGCAGGGGUCGAUGUAUGAGGUUAUUACUCGACUAAGCAAUAACAUGUUGUUGCCAAAAGGUGCGGACUAAGAAUCUUUAGCUGGGGGGUCCAAGCAAGGUAUAUAUCAGACGAGUCUGAGCACUAUAAUCUGUAAGCACGUUCACGCCAGACAGAAUUGUACAUUUAGAAUAUUGCCUAUUUUUCAACUUAAAUAAAAAUACUUAUAAAAUAUUGUGUCUACUCAUUUGACUUAAACCUGACUCUGAGUUUGAAAAUACGCCCGCAACAUAUAGCUUAUCAAAUUAAAAAGUUGCACUAUUUACAAAAUAAAAAUGAGUGGCCCCAUCCGGGGUACUGGCUAUAGGUAGUGGCUUCCACCCUACUAUUUUAUGCAUCUUUUACAGUUGUCAUAACACCUAUUCAUAUUUCUUUUUCUUCUCCUUCGCCUUCAUUCCAAAUAUUUGGUGAUCCUUGUCCUAAACUUCCACUUAACCCAAUCUCCUACAUAAUCUUUGCACAACCGUCCUUGUAUCAUUCUUAAUUGCAUCCAACCACCUCAUUUUCAAUCUUCCACUUCCUCUUUCCUCCUGCGUUUAUUUUCAUUAAACUAUAUUAUUUAUUUUUUCUAUACUUUUAUGACAGUCAAUUAAACAAAGCAAUAAAUCUGAUAAUAUUAAUGAAAGGAUACAUAUUUUAAAUGAUUAUUUUACAUACACUGUCUACCAAAAAGUUUGUAGAUCUUUAUUUGAAAAAGACAAAUUGAUUUUUUCAUUUAUUUUAACAACUAGAAUAUUUCAAUCCAAGGUAAUCAUAUGAAUGAAAUCAUUUCAUGUAUGUUCUAUACAGUACACAUUUUUAUUAAUUUUAUACUAUAGGGAGAACUCGAUGUUGAAUUAUUUACACUAUUUCUUACUGGAGGAACUGGAUUAAUUAAUGUACACCCCAAUCCUGCCAUUGAAUGGCUAACUGAUAAAUCAUGGGAUGAGAUAGUUCGAGCAUCUCAAUUUCCAAGGUAAAAAUUUAGAACGAAAAACUGUUGUUAUUUAUUUCUAGUUUUUAUUAAAUAAUUUUUAAUAGAAUGGAUUAAAUAAAAUAUUAAAAAUAGCAUAGGGAAGAAAGUGUUCAAUGUACACUGUACACCUAUUUCUAUUUUUAAAUUCUCUUGUAUAUCCCUGGAACAAAAGGCAUAUCUACCUAUAACUAUAUAGAUAGUUGUAAACUUGUUAUAAAUAACUUCAUUUAAUUAGUAGAAAAUAAAUCCUUAAGUAUUUGAUAGUAAUUUAAUAAUUAAUUUGUCAGUCGCACAACCAAUUGCUCAUCAAAUCAUUUUUUAAAUGUAAUUUAAAAACAAUUAACAAUAUUAUCCACUUAAAUAAAAAAGUAUUCAAAAAAUGUUUAUACUGAUAAUAAUGAAGUAAGUUUACAUAAAUUUUAUGUUGUCCACAGAAAAGGUUUAAGGCUCCUAAUAGUAUAUUUGUAUAUUACUACUUAAUUGUUUUUAUAUCUUAUAGUACGUGUAAUAAAACUAAUAAUAAUUCAAAUCAUUUCAUUUAUUGCAUUUUAUUGCAUGUAAAUUAUAGUUUGAAUCAAUUUUAUAAAUCAAUUGUCAAUUUCACUGAUGAAUGGAAAAAAUGGUAUAACUCCAAUAAUCCUCAAGACAUACCAGUUCCAGAACCGUAUCAAAGUAUUGAUGGCCUUGAAAAACUUAUAAUUAUAAAGUGUAUUCGAUCAGAUAAAGUGAUUCCAGCUAUUCAGGUAUAUUUUUGCCAUGGGUAUAAUUUAAUUUAAUUUUAAAUGAAACAAACUUUUUAUUGAAAAUAUACAAAUAUUUAGCACUACAUUAUAAGUAAUAUGGGUAAGAAAUAUAUUGAACCACCAUCAUUCGACUUGGAAGAUUCAUACAAAGAUUCAAACUGUUGUACUCCUUUAAUAUUUGUAUUGUCACCGGGAACAGAUCCAAUGUCAAAUUUGACUAAAUUUGCCGAGUAUAAAAAUAUAAAUCGGACAGAUUUAAUUACUUUAUCACUUGGUCAAGGACAAGUAAUUUAUAAAAAAUAAAAAUAAUUUAUUUUAAUAAUAAAAACACAGAAAUAUUAUGAUUAAAGGGUCCAAUAGCUGCUAAUAUGAUAAAAACUGGUAUAGAUUCGGGAAAGUGGGUUGUGUUGCAAAACUGUCAUUUAGCUGUAAAUUGGAUGAAAGAACUUGAUCGUAUUUGUGAUGAAGAUAUUAUACUAAGUCAUACUCACGAAUCAUUUCGUCUUUGGCUAACUAGUUAUCCAUCUGAUAAUUUUCCUGUUUCCAUAUUACAGAAUGGUAAAGUAAAGUUUAAUUAGUGAUACCUAUUUAUUAUUUUAACUUCUUUGAAUUGAAUAGGAAUUAAAAUGAUAAAUGAAGCCCCAAAAGAUCUCAGUGCAAAUUUAUUACGUUCUUAUAUGACUUAUCCUAUUAAUGAUACAGCAUUUUAUCUCAGUUGUAAGAACAGUUUUGGUCUAAAGAUUUUACUCUUUUCAUUAUGUUUUUUUCACGGUCUUAUUCAAGAACGCCGAAAGUUUGGACCACUUGGUUGGAAUAUUCCUUAUGAAUUUAACGAAUCAGAUUUGCAAAUUAGUAUAAUGCAGUUACAAGUACCUAUAUUCAAUUGUUUAAUUUUAAAAAUGUCAAUUACUUAAAUUAUAAUUGCAAUAAUUUAAAAAUCAGAUGUUUUUAAAUGAUUAUGAAGAAAUCCCAUACUCGGAAUUACUUUAUCUUAUUGGUGAAUGCAAUUAUGGUGGUCAAGUAACUGAUGACAAAGACAGACGUUUACUAUCAUCUCUACUUUCAAUAUUUUUCAAUCCAAAUGUUAUUAAUAAUGAAUUGUAAGUGAAAAUAGAAUUUUAAAACAAUUAUUUUUGUUUAAUUUAUGUAUGAUAUAUUAUACAUUUUUAAUAUAUACUCUAUAAUUGGUAAUAUUGGUAAUAUUUGAAUAAUAUAUAAUCUAUAAUAACACAAUCAUUUAAUCUUGAUAUAUUAUUUUAUUAUUUAAGUUAAAUAUUAUUAAUUUUUUUAAAUUUUGAAAAAUAUAGAAUAUAUUGUUAUUUAAUUUUUUAGAUUCCGAGUGAAACGAUGAAUGUAUUAUUUAUACUAUAAUAUGUGCUUACUAUUAUUUUUAUUUGUGUUUACAACUUUUCUGCCGAAAAUCUUGUAACAAUCGAAUAGUGAUAGGAAGGAGACUUAUUUAGAUGCAUUUUGUAUUUAGUUGGUGCAUUGGGCAAGUCAUUUUUUGAUUUUCCAAGCUUAGACCAAAUAGUCCAAAUAAUAAUAAAAUGUUUUAUAAAUUGAUAAAAUUGUUUGACUGAACAGAUAUGAAUGAACAUUUAAUACGAGGUUUAUUAAAAGUUUAUUAAAUUGGUAAAUAAAAAAAAAAAAUUGGAAUAAUAUUGUAAUUUUUAUUUUAUGAGCAUUUUAAGUUCAAAUUUUGAUGAAAUUAGUUCCUGUAAGAUUUAUAUUAUUUUUUGUUCUAUAAUAAUAUAGAUUAUUUUUCCAGAAAUUCGAGGUUCUUGGUCUACUUUUGGUAUUAGAAUAAAAUAAUCACACAGUAAUUAAUUUUGUAUCCUGAAAUUUCUGGUAUAAUUUAUUAUAAUCCAAUUUGUUUACGGUAAUUUAUAAUAUCUAUUUUAAAAAUAAUGUACAAUAAUAAUAUAAUUUAAAGCCUGAAUGAUUGUAUUUGUAUAGUUUAUGUAUUAUUUGUUUAUUAUAUAACCAAUGGUAGUGUAAUAUGUAUAUUUUAUUUCAAAAAGUGAAUGGCCAAAUGAUGAAAACAAUUAUACCACAUCCAAUUUUGGUAUCCAUAUUUUAAGUAUUUCACUAAGUGGAAAAAAAUAAUACAUUUCUUGAACUAAAUAACUUUUUACAAAAUGCUCAAUUUCAUCAAAUGUAUAUAUAUUAGUUUCCUGCCUUAUUAUAGUUGACUGUUUUAAGUUCAUAACAAUAAAAAAAUAAUUGUUAAAAAUUAUGCAACCAAUAAACUAAUUUAUUACUUACUUAAUUCUGUAUUAUAAAAUGAAAAUAUAGGGUAUAUGCCUGUAUUAUAUUUUAGAUAUACAUUUUCUGAAAGCGGAAUUUAUCAUGUACCCCAAAAUACUAACUAUGAUGGAUGUUUAGAAUACAUAAAGUCUUUACCAAUGAAUCCACAGCCAGAAGUAUUCGGAUUACAUGAAAAUGCUGACAUAACAAAAAAUAAUUAUGAAACUAAUAUGGUUUGUUAAUUAAUCAUGAAACAUAUUAUAUUAAGUAUUUAGUACACAUAUUUAUUUGAUCGCUGUACUUAGCUACUAAAUGGUACCAUUUUAACUCAAUCACAAAUCAUAACAAGUGACAGUGAUACAGAUGUAGAUAAAAGGAUAAUAGAGCUAUCUAGUAAUAUUGCGAAUAAUAUACCUGAUUUGUUUGACAUAAUAUCAACCGUUGAAAAAUUUCCAAUAAAAUAUGAACAAUCUUUGAAUACUGUUCUUCAUCAGGUAUCAAAUUUAAUAAAUAUAAAUAUUGUUUAUUUGUAAUGCCUGUCUUUUUAAAAUGAUUAUGUACACAUUUAUAUCUUUUAAUUUGAAUUUCUUAUUAUUUAGCUGAAAUUAUAUUUUUAUAUUCAAUUAUGUUUCUAAUUCUAUUUAGGAAUUGAUACGCUUUAACAAAUUACUAGCAGUUAUAAAAACAUCUUUAGUGGAGGUACAAAAAGCCAUUAAAGGUAUUGUUGUUAUGUCAUCUGAUUUAGAAGAAUUGAAUACUAGUUUAGUCAUUGGAAGAAUACCAGGUAGUUGGAUGAAUAAAUCAUACCCUUCGUUAAAACCAUUGGGUGGUUAUAUAACUGAUCUAUUACAAAGGUAUAUUUAAACUUAUUUGUAUAUUUUUUUAAAAUUUAAUUAUUUAUAAAAUUAUGAUUUUAGACUAAAAUUCCUGCAAGACUGGCUUGAUAAUGGUAUACCAGAAGUGUUUUGGCUUUCUGGAUUUUAUUUUACUCAAUCUUUUUUGUCGGGUGUGCUUCAAAACUUUUCACGCAAACAUAAAAUACCAAUAGACCAGCUUGGAUUUGAAUUUGAAGUAACUAUAUAUGAACCAGAUAUGAAAUUGAAAGAAAUUCCUGGAUGGGAAGUAUACUAUCGGGUAAUAAUGAUACAUAAAAAUACUAUUUAAAAUUUGAUUGUGAUGAUUACAUUGUUUUUAAUGUCUUUUUUUUAGCUUUUAUUAUUAUAUUUGUUUAAAAAUACUUUUAGCAAUAGUAAUAAAUAAUAAGAUUAAAUGUCUUCCUGACUUUUAUAGAUCAGUAGGUGAACAUAGAUAAGUAAUUUAUAAGUUAUACUAAUAUUAUAAAAUACUGAAUUUGCUAUUUUAACCUCUCAAAAAUAUAGAGUCUGUGUUUUACAAUGCAUCUUCUUCUUCAUUAUGGUACAUAGCGUCCUAAAGGACCACUGUAUCAUAUAAUCCAGUCCUCCAUUCUCAAUCUGAUGCUGGUGCUUUUUGACCGUCUUCCUAGUUCAUCUAAAUUAUUCCUGACUCCUAUUACUUAUAGGAUAAUGUUGUAUGCAUCAUAUUAUUGCUUAUAUAUUAUAUUAUGCACAUAUUAUACUUAUGUCUAUUGUACAUAUAUAUAUAUAUAAAGAAGGGUUAUAGAUAAGCAAUUUAUUACCCUCCAUACUCCUCUAGUCUAACUUAAAUGAUUAUUUAAGGUAUAUGGAGUAGGGUUAAAAAAUUAAAAAUGGUUUUAAAAUAAAGCUUAAACGAUUCUAUAAUGAACAGAAAAAACACAAAUCAAAUUGACUUAAUAAAACUCUGAGAUAAUUGCUGGUCCAUGAUAAAAAAAAAUUACCCUGUAUAUAUGUAUAUAUUUAUUUAUUUUCAGUUAAAUUACUGAAGUGUGGUGGUUAAUUAAUCUGAUUUGAGUUAACUUCUUAAAUCAUAUAUACCAGGGGCAUUCAAAUGGUCGUUUACAAUUAAACAGUAAAUGACAGAUAUUUUUAAUGUCAUUCUCCCAUUAUACAACUUAUUUUUAUACAAUUAGUAGAUAAAUCACAAUUUUCGAUUGUUUAUACUGAUAGUUUGAUUUUUGGUAUUUUUAAUUUAUAAUAUUAUAUAAGAGUUAAUAUAAAUGUGAUGAAAAACAUUAUUCAAUUACACAUUUAAGUUUUAUUAUUUUUACAUGUAUAUUUAUUAGUAAUACUUAUUAAAUAAUUAAUAAAUUUACAUUUCUUUCUAGUAAUCGAUCCUCAAAGAAAAAAUAUAUUUUUACUAGAUUUCUACUAAAAAAAAUUUAACUGCCCCUGAUGUGUAUAUUAUAAGUAUAUUGAAUAUUGUAGAUGUAUUUUGUAUUUAUAUUCAUACAAAUUACUUACUAUAUACUUGUUUUAUUUUUUCAUGCUUCCAUAAAUAAAUGUUUGUCUUAAUAAAGGACAAAUUAGACAUUGAAGAAUUCAGCGUUUUUGUAAAGGUAUACUAAUUUAUAUUUAUUUUAUUAGUAAUAAUUUUUUUGUUAUGAUACAUACAAUUCUUAUAAGCUAUGAAUAAUAAAUAUAAAUUGUAUGGUUUUAUUAAUUUUAUAUAAAAGAUCUAUAAAGAGUAUGUUAGAACAAACUCGUGUUUUUAAUAUUAUUAAUAUUUCAAAUGGGGAAGUCCAAUCGGUGUAGAAGGCGGCUCGUUGUAAAGCUGAUAAAGUGCAUUUUUAGUUGUCAAUAUGGUGUGAAGUAUGCAACAAAUCGUGUUCACAGUACUUCGAAAACGGUAUAUCUAUCGUUCAAACGCAGCAAGAUUUUCGAACUCAUUUCGACAUUCCACGUCCUGGAACGUUCCCAGCAAAAUUGUCACUACUGGUCCCCAGUAAACCCGUAACAGUAACAUGAGGAACCUUUGCAUACCCCAAAAGUAAAAGUUUGGUGUGUAAUGGGCCAAACACAAAUUAUUGGCCCAUAUUUUUUCAAGGACAACGGAUAAAUGACCAUUGUGAAUAUAGAUCGUUACACCAAAUUGCUGACCCGUCCAAUUUUUUUUGCUGACCUUAAACGUCGAUAUGUCCGUGUCAGAAAAUUGUGGUUUUAACAAGAUGGGGCGACAUAACACAGCUCGUGCCUCAAUGGAAGUUUUUCGCCGAAAAUUCUCUUGGCGUUUUAUUUGGCGCUUUGAGGACAUUCCGUGACUCCCUCGCUCCCCUGAAUCGACAACAUGUGAUGACUGAAACUAUUUUUAGAACCUAAAUUUUGUUACGGACAAAAAACUGCCUAUGUUUCUGCAUUUUUUGAUUUAAUAAAAUUUAUUUUUCUGAAAUUACGUUUGGCGUAACAAAAUUUUGAAAAACAUAUGUUUGUUUUAUACUGACAAAUAAUAUAGGGAUAUUAUUUGUGUAAUAUUAUUAAUUUAUUUAAUUACAUUUUUAGAUUUAAAUAACGAAAAUCAUAUUAUUUUUAUAAUUAAUAAAAAAUGUUCUUAUUUUUUUUAUGUUUUACCUUAAAGAUGCAACAGUUUUGUCUUUUGUCAAAUUAUUUAAAAAAUUUUUUUUCGAAAAUGUAUUUUAACUUAUAUAAAAUAUUUACAGGGUUUGUUUUUAGAAGGAGCUAGAUGGGACAGAGAAUUAUGUAUGUUAAAUGAAUCUUAUUCAAAAAUUCUUUUCGAUACAAUUCCAAUAAUAUGUUUUAAACCCGGAAUUAAAGUAUAUAUUUUAUCUUAAAUAUGUAUACAAGUAAAUUAAAUAUUAUGUUAAACCAAUAAUUGUGUAACUUUUUUUUUAGUCCCAAUUCGAAAAUAAAUUGUAUUAUGAAGCUCCCAUUUACAAAACAAGUGCUCGUCGUGGUACUCUUUCUACUAUCGGACAUUCAACUAACUUUGUGAUGUAUAUGAAUUUCUUAAUUGAUCGACCGCCAAAUCAUUGGAUCAACCGAGGCACUGCUUGUUUAUGUCAAUUAGACAACUAAUCAAAUAAUUUGUGUGUUCUAUAAAUAAAAUUUAAUAAAUUUAAUAAUAUUUAGGUACACAUGUAAUUAUUGUAUGGUUAUAAUGACAAUUAAGAUCCAUUUCGUCUCCUCUCGAAUUUCCUCAUCUCGCGCUUUCUACAUUAUAUUAUGUUGUAGUCCUGUUCAUCUUUAACGUUUACUCUUCAUCAUUGCUAAUAUAUCUUGGGCAUAGAUAUAGGUAAUACUAUCUGUAAUCUAGGGUUACACAAAUAUUAUUGAUAUUUUAGUUAGAAAAUUUGAUAUUAUCCUAUUAAUAUUUUGGGAAUAUAUCAGACAUGUAAUGAGAUGAAGUAUUUUUCAGGGCAUAUUGAUAACAUAAAU